AUGGCUGACAAUGCGCAGAUUGACACGGAGGUGGCGUUCUUCUUGAGGCUGGUGAAUUGCCGGCGCAGUCGACGCGGCGACUGGAAUAGCAGCAUCCUGGAGCAUGCCCAAUUGCAUUUGACAGUCCCUGAUGCCAUCGAGCGGGCGGUAUGGUCGACGGCCACGUCCACGGUAGAAGUGACGAUCAACCUCAAUCGAUCGACAGUUGCCCUUCCUCUGCUCGAAGAGCUCUCCAUCUUCAUCCCACAGACGAGGUCUCCUUUCUGCUACGUGUCAUCCACGGCCUCUCAUACCGCCGCCGCCAUUGCACAUGCCAUCUCGAGCAAGCUAGAGUCUAGCGAAUUCUUGGCGCUGACACUCCUCAAUGCCAUUGACCAAGCCGUAAAGCAGUGCAAUGACACUAUGGCCGCCACGAACGACGGGCAUCUCCGCGCAUUGGUCGAGGCACGAGUGUUGGCUCAAUCCACGACGAACAAGGCAGAAUGCGACGUCCUCAUGUGUCUCUUGGUGGCUGCGGCGUCGAGUCCCAAGGGACUGUCGCCGUGUUCCGUGCAUUUUCAAAGCCAAGGGGUCGACAUCGAUCGACGCCAAGUGAAUGCCGCCCUCACGGCCGUUCCUGCCCUCGCGACACUCGAUGUGACCGCGUUGCCGUUGCCAGCGCUGCACUUGCUAGAGUGGCUGUGGUGCCGCCUACCAGUGUCCAUCAAACAGAUUGAACCUGACCAAGUGGCAUCGGUGCUCCCUCCUUCUUGCGAUUUGCCCCAUGUUUGCUUUGCAGCCACGGUGGUGCAGACUGCCAAUCCAUGGUUUGACCGGCAAGCUGCAAAAUUUGGAGUCAAAAUGUGUUAUCACGGCAGCCGUUUGGCUUCGUUUCAUUCGAUCCUUCAAAAUGGACUGCAUGUUAUGAGCGGCACGCGACACAUGAGCUCUGGCAAUCUCUUUGGGGAUGGCAUUUACUUUGCAGAAAGCGUCCAUGUCGCUGCCAACUUUGCGAGUCCCACACCCACAACGUGGCCCAACAGCGCCGUGUUGGCCCCAUCGGCGACAUGUGUGGCAGUGUGCGAAGUCAUAUGCGACCCUGCGGCCUCAAAAUUGCUUCCGUCUUCGCAAGCCAACGGGGCGUACGUGGUCGUCCAAGAUGAACGCUUUGUUCGAGUCAAGUACCUCCUUUUCACGCAGCCUCCGACUCUGUCACAUGUUGGCAACAACGAUCGUUCAACGCUUGGGUUGCCAGCACUCGUCGCUGCCGUGUGUGUCGCUGUGAUGGCCGUCGUUGGUGUCCGCCUUGCUUUGGCUAUGUAGAAGUUCAAAUUGCCGUCAUAAUAUCUUAGCCAUGGCAAUGCCACCUGUGAUUGCU